AUGGCGGAAGUUAUCGAAGUGGAAAUUGAACAGGCGAGUGAAAAAGAACAAAGAGGAAGAGAAGAUGAGGUUGUUUCAGUUUUGUCACGCCUACGACCGCCUGUUGCAAGUGAUUUAUCUCGAAAAAGAAAAUUGGUAACCAACCCUGGAAAAGGAAACCGAAGAUCAAAGUCAAGUUCGCCCAAUUUAACUGCAGCGAAAAGCGAGCCAAAAUCAAUCUCAGCUAAAGACAGAGCCAAAGAAUUUAAAGAUGAGCCAUUCACCGCACAGGCAAACGGGGGACUUUUUUGCACGGCUUGUCGUGAGCUAGUUUCUCUGAAGAAACAGAAUAUACAUGUUCAUAUUUCAAGCAAAAAACACAAGGAGAACAAAGAAAAGCGGUUGCUGAACGACAAGAAAGACGACGACAUUAGAAAGGCCAUUGCAAAGUAUGACGAUAAGAACCAUCCAAAGGGAGAAACGCUUCCUUCUACUACAAGAUUAUUCAGGGUGAAAUUUGUUAAAGCGUUCUUGAAGAGUGGUACACCUUUGAGCAGGGCAGAAUAUUUCAGAGAUCUAUUAGAGGAGGUGGGAUACCCACUUACUUCAAGUUCGAACGUGAGACAACUUAUUCCUUUCAUCCUCGAACAAGAAUACGAAUGCAGUUGCCAAGAAGUGAAGGGAAAAGAUGUUGCCAUCAUAUUUGAUGGAACUACGCGAGAUGGGGAAGCAUUAGUUGUUCUGUUCGUUUUGUGGAAUCAUAGACAAUAAAGCAGAGGCUUGUGAGAUUGAGACUUUUAAAAAGUUCUGUAAACGGUGACGAGCUAGCUCGCAUAAUUAUCGAGGAGUUGCACAGAAAAAUCAAUAUUCAAGAGAACAGUCUUUUAGCAGCGAUGAGAGACAGAGCUUCU